AUGGCUGCCCCAAACAUCAUAAGCGCUCCUCUGCUUCCGGCAACUCCUUUAAUGAAUGAAUAUUGCGCCCCUCAAGAGAAUUCCCAGAAAGCCCCGCAAGAAGUCAUCUCAGAAGUGACUCAUGAAGUUCCUCAAGAACAGUCCAAAACAGAGACUCCUAUAACGGAUGUUCUAGAGAGCCCACAAGAUGUUUCUCAAGAAGUCACCUCUGAAAUGACCCAGGAAGGCCCCCAAGAAAAGUCCGAAACAGAAACUCCUACCGAGACUGUUAUCGAGACUCCUCAAGGUGAAAUGGGUCAGGAAAUUCCUGAGGAAAAAUUCCAAGAGAUCAAACAGGAGUCUCCUGUCGAAGCCGUUCUAGAGAUCCCUCAAGAGCCUCAAGAAGCUGCACAAGGAAUACAUUCAGAAGCCAUUCAAGAUGCCCCUUCUGAGCAGGAGCCGAACGUGGUUGAAGAAGCCCCGUUGCCAUCACCAACUAACAAAAAUAAGCCCAUCAUCCCUGUUAGGGAGAGCCUGCCUCCCUCUGAGCGGGUAGCUUUCGACCCAGCCAAGCAUAUCAAGUUCACUCCGCCUUCGAAAGUGUGGACAAUGCAAGAGCUUGAUUAUCCUGAGGGCAAAGGAAUUUCUCCCGUGGGUGUUUCGGAGCCCUUCCCUCUCUUCAGUGAGGACGCAAUCAAGCAAAUGCGAGCAGAGAUUUUCAGUGAAGAAGUCUGGGACAAGUACCAAUACUCCAGCAAUCUGUCCCAUUGCCAACUGCGUGGCUAUGCUCCAGAAUGUGCACCGUUCAUAUACGAUGCAUGGAGAAGCCCAGAGGUGCUGGAGAUCAUCUCUAAGGUUGCAGGUAUUGAUUUGGUUCCUGUAAUGGACUGGGAGAUUGCCCACAUCAACAUUGCCGUGCAGAGCGAAGAAGAGAAGUCGAAAGAGCUCGAAAUAGCACACCGCAACGCUGAUGAGGGCGUUGCCGGAUGUCCCUUGGAAGACGAUCACCCGGUAGUGGGCUGGCACACUGACAGUUACCCUUUUGUUUGUGUGACCAUGCUCUCUGACUGCACCGACAUGGUUGGCGGCGAGACGAUGUUGCGUAAAGGCAAUGGCGCCACUGUCAAAGUGCGCGGACCCCAGAUAGGAUCUGCUGUCAUUCUCCAGGGCCGGUACAUUGAGCAUCAAGCCCUUCGUGCGUUGGGCGCAGCCGAGCGCAUCACCUCAGUGACAUCCUUCCGUCCACGCUCAUCUGCCGUCAAGGACGAGACGGUGCUCACCACCGUGCGACCCAUUUCAGACCUCAAAGAGCUGUACCAUCAAUACGCCGAAUAUCGCUUCGAAAUCCUGCAAGAUCGCCUGCGCGACAUGGAACGGAAGAUGCGCGACCUCAAGCGGGCAAACCGGCCGUUUGAUACGGAGGGGACAAAAGCCUUUAUCCGGGAACAGAUUCAGUUCUUCGAGACAAUGGACCAACAGAUGGUUAGCGACCAAUACGUGCAGAAGGGAUACAUUGGCGAUGACCAUCUCGUUUCUGAUGAGACUCGAGAGAACUUCAAAAAGAGGGGCAUUUACGUGGAGGCCGCUGCUGCAUGA